GCGGCGCCGCAGCUGGAUGGCUGGGGCCGCCCGGAGCGCCGCCGCCGCCGCACGCACGUGGCAUGCCUGGAUGUCCCUGCCCUGGCUGCGGCAUGGCGGGCCAAAGGCUCCUCUUCUUCACUGCUCUUGCCCUAGAGCUCCUGGGAGGGGCUGGGGGUUCCCAGCAGACCCUGCGGAGCCGGGGGCCUGCAGCCGCCUGUCGCCUAGACAACAAGGAAAGCGAGUCCUGGGGGGCCCUGCUGAGUGGGGAGAGGCUGGACACCUGGAUCUGCUCCCUCCUGGGCUCACUCAUGGUGGGGCUCAGUGGGGUCUUCCCCCUGCUCGUGAUUCCCUUGGAGAUGGGGACUACGCUGCGCUCGGAAGCUGGGGCCCGACGUCUGAAGCAGCUGCUCAGCUUUGCCUUGGGGGGACUUUUGGGCAAUGUGUUUCUCCACCUGCUGCCUGAGGCGUGGGCCUACACAUGCAGUGCCAGCCCUGGUCCCAUUCCAAAUGGCCCCCCUUCUGUGGCCCUGGCGUGGCCUGGCCUGUCAGUGCUGCCCCCUGCAGGUGGUGAGGGGCAGAGCCUGCAGCAGCAACAGCAACUGGGACUGUGGGUCAUUGCUGGCUUCCUGACCUUUCUGGCAUUGGAGAAGAUGUUCCUGGACAGCAAAGAGAAGGAGGGGACCAGCCAGGCCCCCAGCAAAGACCCUGCCGCUGCUGCCGUGCUCAAUGGAGGCCGCUAUCUGGCCCAGCCGGCUGCAGAGCCCGGCGUGAGCGCCGCGGUCCGGACCAUCAAAGUCAGUGGCUAUCUCAACCUUCUCGCCAACACCAUAGACAACUUCACUCAUGGGCUGGCCGUAGCUGCCAGCUUCCUUGUGAGCAAGAAGAUUGGGCUCCUGACCACCAUGGCCAUCCUUCUGCAUGAGAUCCCCCAUGAGGUGGGCGACUUUGCCAUCCUGCUCCGGGCCGGCUUUGACCGAUGGAGCGCAGCCAAGCUGCAGCUCUCGACGGCACUGGGGGGCCUGCUGGGCGCCUGCUUCGCCAUCUGUACGCAGUCCCCCAAGGGAGUAGAGGAGACCGUGGCCUGGAUCCUGCCCUUCACCUCUGGUGGCUUUCUCUACAUCGCCCUGGUGAACGUGCUGCCGGACCUCUUGGAGGAAGAUGACCCGUGGCGCUCCCUGCAGCAAGUGCUGCUGCUCUGCACUGGCAUCGUAGUGAUGGUGCUGUUCUCGCUUUUCGUGGAGUGACCGUCCCUCAUGCCCCCCACCCAGCAAUAAGAGACUCGGAUUCACCCUGUGACAGUGUGUGAGGCAGAGGCCAGGUGCCGAGAGAACACACCUCUGACCAGAUGAGAGGAUGGUGUGUGUGCGCGCAUGUGCACACGUAUGACCAGUUAUGUGUGAGACCGACACUGUGAUCAUGCGCUGGGCCCAGGGCCCGACGCCCGCACUGGCCCCCAGCCACGCCAUGGCCUUCCCUCCUGACCACCCUGUCACCCCACACUUCCCACAGUGAGCAGGGAGGACGCACUGGUCCCAGGCGGAGGCCUCUCCCCACCGGACUGCAGAGGGAGUGACUGGCUGCUCUUAAGGGAGCUCAAGGCCGCAGGGGGCCCAAAGCUGUCUCCCUCUGGGCCUUGAGGUCCCUGAUACCUGCUCAGGCGCCAAGCCCUGGGCAGCCGAGGGGCGGAGGCUGGGGCACCUUCUCUCUGCUGUGUCCAUUGUCCCCGCCCUUCCUUUGCCAUCUCUAAGGCCAAAGAAAGGAGAAGCAGGUGCUUGUGUAGCCCCCUCGCCCCACUCGGCACUGACAGUCCUACCCCGCCUAGGAUGGGGCCUGCCUUCCAAGGCCUCCUCCAUGGCUGCUAGCCCCGGGCCGGCUCCUGCUCCCCCUGUGAGCUCUCCCCGGCAGCGCCAGCCGCUUUUGCCACCUUCAGCUGCCAAACAGCAGCCCGCAGGGCAGAGAGCAGCCCUGGGCCAGAGAGGCCUCUGAGGCCAGCUCAGGGGAGCUCGCGCCAGCACAGGGCCCAGGCGGAGGUCCUGGGGGCAGGAAGAGUGCUCAGCGGCUGCCCCUCCUACCCCCCCCCCACCCCCAGGCCUUUUCUGUCCCACGUAGGCUGAGGGGGAGUAGGGGGUGGUGCGGCUCCACAUUGUCAGCACUCAGGAAUGUGCUCCGGGAGAAUGCUGAAGCCAUAAUCCCCAGCUAUUUCCCUUGGCUGACACCCAGGUACUCAGCUGGCCCGCUCCACAGCAGCCCUGCUGCUCAGCCACGGACGUUCUGAGAAGCGGCCAAGAGGGUCUGAAUGGUUUUACAGCCGUUUUGCUGUGGUUCCGUUUCUAUGUGUAAAUACUUAUUCUAUAGAUAAGAUGCAAAUAAAUAAUUAUAUACAAA